AACGCGAACGGUCGAAAUGUAUUCGGGCGGAAAAGCAGUGAAGCUUGUGCUAGUGCUAGCUUGCUUAUUAGCUGUUGUGGAGGCAGGCAUACUGCACUCAAAAGAGACCGUAGUGAAAAGCUUACUUGCCAAUACUGAGAAUGAUGGACCCCGCACACCAUAUCCAACGUUAUCCACGGCUAAUACAUACCCCACACCUCCAUACAUAAACGUAACUGAUGGAACUACCGACGUAACAGAUGAAACUACCGACGUCACCACGGACGGCCCAUUCAGCAGCACAACGCCACCACCAGAGAUUGGUGGAGGUGUCGUGGUGCGCGGUGACUGUGCAUUCGAUGUGAAUGGUGAUCUCAAUGAUCCAGCUCCGAUCUUCACACCACAAAACCAACUGGAAUGGCUAGUGCCGAAUCCUGCAGGUGUGGUCGAAUUAUCUAACGGCGCCUACAUCGACAUGUACUGCGACAAGUCUUUCAUAGCGCCGUUUAGCAAUCUUACUAAAGUCACAGCACAGUGUCUGCAAAAGCAGUACUUCCUUGUCGAUGGUGUGAUUCAUCCAUUCUCCGAUUUUAGCUGCACCAGUUGGCCAGCAUAUACGGCACGUCGCACUGGACGCCCCUGCAAUGGCGGCACAGAUCUUGUGGAAGUUGGCUUCGUGCUCACCUCGGGUUUUUUACAAAUCAUGGAUGUUUGCCACGAUGAAGUGAACGAGGUAACCCGUUACGUUCAUCACAAGCUUAAUCCCUCUAGUGCCGGCUAUCAGCAUGGCGUCACACGUCCCAGCUUCAUAACCGGUGACUUUUAUGCUGGCAAAAAUGUGAAUAAUCUCUACACGAAGGUAGAACAAAAUAAUACCAUCAGUAAAAUCCUCGGCAUGGAUGCAUCGCCUUUCUUCAAUGACACCAUCGAUGUGUACUUGGCGCGCGGUCACAUGGCCGCCAAGGUGGACUUUAUUUUUGGCGCACCCCAAAAAGCGACAUUCUUCUUCGUGAAUGCGGCGCCGCAGUGGCAGAUGUUCAACGGCCGCAAUUGGGAACGUGUGGAGGACAGUGUGCGUCGCUAUGCAAGCGAUCAAGCAUUAGAUUUGGACUGUUAUACCGGCAUUUGGGGUGUCUCCACGCUCCCAGAUGUUAAUGGCGUACAACGCGAGUUAUACCUGGACUUUGACGAGAACAAUAACGGUCUGAUCCCAGUGCCAAAAAUAUAUUUCCGCGUUGUCAUCGAUCGUAAGUCCCGCAAUGGCAUUGUUUUAAUAGGUGUCAACAACCCGCAUGUAACAUUGGAGGAGAUCAAGAAAGACUAUGUGAUCUGCAAAGACGUGGGUAAUCGUAUUAAGUGGGUUAGCUGGGACAAGGAAAACCUCAUGAAUGGCUACUCGUACGCCUGCGCCGUUGACGAUUUCAUAAGUGUAGUAAAGGACUUACCUUUGGAUGACUUGUACACAAGCGGUCUAUUGGGUGUAGAAGAACUGACCAUCGAAAAUAUACCAUCUUAGAAGACACAGUUAGCUUUGUGACUAAAAUGCUGAAGCUCGAGAAAUUGGCGUUAUUAAAAGAAAUUCUAGGGCAAUAAGUGUAAAAGAGCUUUAUUAAAUAUUUUUGAAAUUCUAAGCUACGAACAGCAAUGUA